AUGAGCGGCGUUGGGCGACGGAUUCCUCCUGGAAUAGAAACUCCGGCGAGGUGGGAAGAUUGUAGAGAGUCUGCGUCGGGAGGUGCAGAUCUUGGUAAGGGUUGUAAAGUCGGCGAUUUGAGCUUCUCUCGUCGGCGGUGUUGCCCUGAUUCGGCGAUUGAGGUUGGUAGGCCAUGGCGAAUUUCAGCUGCAGGCAUAGCUGACUGCUGGUUUUUCGCUGUUCAUAACGUUUUUAUAAGGCCGAACGACGUCGUUCUAGUGGAAUGUCACGAUUACUUGCUUUCGAGGCUACUGCUGAUUGGUCCUCAACUUUCUGAAUCUUUGCAAAUUGACCCCGGAAAUUUCAUUUUUUCCCGAAGUGCGGCAACAGAAGGAUCACAAUUUGAUGCUCGUCAGUUUGACGAAAAAAUGGAGUUGCUCCAAGUUGACGGGCAGGAGUUCUUUACUUCUUAUGAUGAGGUUUAUGAUAGUUUUGAUGCUAUGGGGCUGCAGGAAAAUCUCCUCAGAGGCAUUUAUGCCUAUGGUUUUGAGAAGCCCUCAGCCAUCCAGCAGAGGGGUAUUGUUCCUUUCUGCAAGGGGCUUGAUGUCAUUCAGCAAGCCCAAUCUGGAACUGGGAAAACUGCCACUUUCUGCUCGGGUAUUCUGCAGCAGCUCGACUAUGGUCUGACUCAGUGCCAGGCCUUGGUUCUUGCACCUACUCGAGAACUCGCUCAGCAGAUUGAGAAGGUCAUGCGGGCCCUAGGUGACUACCUUGGAGUUAAGGUUCAUGCUUGUGUGGGUGGGACCAGUGUUCGUGAGGAUCAGAGGAUUCUUUCUGCUGGGGUCCACGUUGUUGUGGGGACACCUGGCCGAGUGUUCGACAUGCUGAGGAGGCAAUCACUUCGUGCCGACCACAUCAAGAUGUUUGUGUUGGAUGAGGCCGAUGAGAUGCUUUCUCGUGGUUUUAAGGAUCAGAUUUACGACAUUUUCCAGCUGCUACCCGCCAAGGUCCAGGUUGGCGUUUUCUCUGCCACCAUGCCCCCCGAGGCCUUGGAAAUCACCCGCAAAUUCAUGAACAAGCCCGUUCGCAUCCUGGUCAAACGCGACGAGUUGACCCUCGAGGGUAUCAAGCAAUUUUACGUCAACGUCGAGAAGGAAGAAUGGAAGCUCGAAACCCUAUGCGACCUUUACGAGACCCUCGCCAUCACACAAAGCGUCAUCUUUGUCAACACCCGACGAAAAGUUGACUGGUUGACCGACAAAAUGCGUAGCCGGGACCACACGGUGUCGGCCACACAUGGUGACAUGGACCAGAACACGCGUGACAUCAUCAUGCGCGAGUUUCGUUCGGGCUCGUCUAGAGUUCUCAUCACCACUGAUUUAUUGGCUCGUGGGAUUGACGUGCAGCAAGUUUCGCUCGUGAUAAACUAUGAUCUCCCGACACAGCCAGAGAACUAUCUGCACCGUAUUGGGAGGAGUGGGAGGUUCGGGAGAAAAGGUGUCUCGAUUAAUUUCAUGACUAAGGAGGAUGAGAAGAUGCUUCACGAUAUUCAGAAGUUUUACAAUGUGGUGGUUGAGGAGCUUCCGUCGAAUGUUGCUGACCUGCUUUGAGGCGGUGAGGAUCGGGUUUUUUCUUUUUCUUGGUGACUUAUUUUUAUUUUUUUGGUUUUUAUUGUUUACUUGAUUGUUGUUUUAGUUAAAAUUUUGCAGAGGUUAAUCUUGUCCAGGCCCUUGUGAAACUGGGAGUGUGGAUUCUUGAGUGUUCAUCUAGGGUGGGGCGAAUUUAAUACUAUUGCAAUUUUGGUCUAUAGGUAUGUAACGUAUUUUGGAUUUUGGCCCAAAUUUUUGGUUAAAUCAUAAUCGAUUUAUUGAUAAAUGUGUG